AUGAGCGUGGGUUACAUACUGUCAGUGUUUGUGAGGGAGCUGCCUGGCUAUGUUCUCUUUGCUGGGAUCUUUAUGCCCGUGACUUUACUCCUGCUGCUGCUAAUUGCCUACUUCAGGAUCAAACUAAGAGAAGUAGAGGAGGAAAUGGCCAUGGCACAAGACUCCUGGAAUGCCUUCCUGAAUCACCGUGGCCAGUGGAAGAAACCCAGGAGAUCCGGACAAAAAGAGAACAGAUACAAGAACUCAAAGAUGUUUAAGGGAGCUUCGCGUCUCAGGAAACAAGCUUAA